GCAGUGACAUUUGUCGUUACGCAUGAAUGCCUUUGAAAGUCGAAAGCUUGAGCUGACCGUCGCUGCAGAAAUAUUUGGUACACCGCACCCAGUGCAAAUUCGAUCAGUGUUGUCGUGGACGAACUAAAUUCUAAAGAAAUUACAGUGGUUUUUACGACGUUGUAAGAAAGAAAAUAAAUUCGAAAUAUUCGAACGGAGAAUUGAAAUUUUUUGAGUGAAAGCUUUUUGUGCACAAUUCUUUCAACAUGGCUAAUGCGGAUAUGGAUAUGAGGGCCAACUUGACGGAUUUGUCUAAAAUACCAGUGAAGGAGUUUGAAAAGCACUUCCGCGACUGGAUGGAGCGCGACGAUGUGGCGCGUUCACUACAAGCUAAAUUACGGACAGAUCUUAUAUCAAAUUUCAAUAAAACCGCAUUAGGUCGUCAAAUAUUGGCUCAAACUACCACCACCAUUACAGGCGGUGGCACGCAGCGUCUGACGCUGUCGCCCCUGGUAUUGGCGCUCAAUACGCUCGUCGCUGAAUUCCUCUACGCACAGAACUGCCACUUUUCGCUCUCAGUUUUUUGCACUGAAGUACCGUUUCGCAAUACACUUCCGGAUUUCGAAAGUGCACAACAUUUCCGCUUUAGCUGUGAAGAGAUUAAAGAAAUACUAGAAGCCGUCUUCAACAAAUCGCCACAAGAUUCGCCAUUUAAAAACAUUAUUUCGAAAAAAUAUGAAAAUAAUAAAAAUAUUUCAUUGCUUAUGGUGAUUUUGCGGUACUUAUUGCGACAAAAAGAGGAUUACGCCAAGAGAGUAGCCGCGUUAAAACCGGGCACUAUAAAUGAGGGCACGCAAACAGUUGAGAAGGACGCCCAUACGCAUGAAAAAGGGAAAUUUUCACCGCCCUCUGAUAGCCGCGAGCCAUGUUGCUCAAAAACUGAGAUACCCAGCAGCAAUAUAAGAUACCUCAAUAAAUACUUGAUGAUACUUUCCACCAAAGUUAAAGAAAUGUCGGAACAACUGGCGGAUUUGCGACACAAGCGCAGCAACUUGCCAGGUACUCGGCUGGCACGGUCUGUGCGAACCCGCCGCUAUGAUAAAUUAAACCACAGUCUUGAGCGGAUUAUGAGUCAACUAAAACAAAUGACACACACCAAGCGCAAAAGCAAACAAGUGGGAGCAGUUGUGUCAGCUGUCGACUCUUUGGCGACUCAGUUUUCGAAAUGCGUAGACAGUUUUAGAUCUGUAUCCAGAGAGUUGAUCGCCAGCAACGAAAAACGAAGCCUUUUGCAACAAGUUAUGCCCAAAAAGACGGAGCUUACGCAAGCAGCAGUACAAGUGGAUCUCUCCUACAGACGGGCCAAUGGUGUGGAGCAGAAAAAGAUCGUCGAAGAGAGGUCCUACACCGAUUGGGUACACGAGAUGCGUCAUACAAAAAAUGGACAGAAGUUUUUGGACAAGAUAGAGGUUUCGCUCAAGAAGGCUUUGAACAAACAACGUGAACUUUUAAGAAAGGAGUCCGAAGAGAAGUUGCGACAUCAAAAAGAAGUGCUGAGGAUACAGUAUAAAGAGAAGCUAAUGGAGCAACUUAGUCGUCUGCCACCAUAUGAUUAUUCCAGCGAAGCGCGAAAGCUAAAUGACAGUAUUGGACGCCAACUGCAAGAGUUCGAGAGCCGUCACUCCGAGCUGUUGGAGAAGAUUCAAGAUGUGCGUAAAAUCGAAAUCAAGAACUUGCCCAGCAAUGAUACAGAAAAGGAAGCUGCUAAUAACGGACCAGCAGAUAUGACUGACGAAAUCGUGCGCAGAGUGGUUAAAGAAAUGGAACCUAAGUUCAGCCCAAGUGGUCCGCACUGCUUCACCCGUCAACAAGACAGUCCUCAUAUAUAUACCAAGGUACGCGAUCCUUUGCUGAAAGACGUCGUAAAUACGCAAAGACAGUUGCAAAAGAUGGCCGAAAGCAUUGUUGAACAAGAGCGCACUGUGGACCAAAUCGUCUAUGAAGCAAGACAGCGCAUUCAAGAGCUAGAGAAUGAGAGCAAUCAGUUGGAGUUGAACUUCCGUAACUAUUUGGAGCGACAGCGCAUACAGACGGAAACAAUGCGCGAAGUAGUUUCUAGUCUGUCGGAAAGCAAUAAAAAAGAAAUGCCUAAAGUCGCCGACACUUAUCGUAGAACUAUGAGAGAUAUUCGCUCUGCCUCUCCGCCACUGAGCGCUGAGAGUGUAAACGAAAGCGCGAAGAAAGUAAAAACUCGCCACAAAACCGUUAAGCUAAAGGACUCGUCGCCAGAAUUGACAGAUCAAGAAAAUAAAAACCCGAAUUUUGAAUAUCGCAACGCGAUCUUGGAAGCGAAAACAAAGCUUUUCAAAAACUAUCGCUCUAGACAAGAAGAAACAGAAAGAGCUGAUGAGGAACCUUAUUAUUAUAAUCAAAAUUUCGGUAGUUGCGAGUCGCAGAGUAAUAUGUUGGCGAGUGCGGACCAUUCAAGGUCAACUAAUUUACCGGCAAACAUAAAUUACGCCAACGAUCUUAACACGACGAGUGCUAGGAGUAAUGGAGCGCCGCUGGGGCGAUGUUAUACAAUACUACCCAAUACGCCACAACCCAGCCUAACGAAACCAACAACAAGUGCAGCUGCUGAAACGUUGAAAGCACUACUUUCACGCACGGAGUCACCAUUCUUAGACACAGCUAUGCCGACAGUAAUUGCUCAAAAAACCACGGUAUCUACUGUUGCCAUAUCUGCAGCUGCGAGUGGUGCACAGAUAGGAAAUGAAGAAGGACUGCCUUCAGUUGGGUUUUCUAGGCUUUCGGAUUCAGAAACACCAACGUCCAGCAACAAUAGCGGCGCCUGGCACAAUCAAAGUAUACUCGUAAGUGAUCUUAGUAGAAACAGUUGUAGAACCGAUAAAAAUGCAAAGAAAGAACCAGAUGCAGAUACAGAUCGACGCACACGAAGUGUUAAGGACACAACACGAAAAAUCCCACAAGAGACGCAUCGUAGCAAAAAUACCACCAUUGGCGGAAGCACUCAAACGAAAAAUCCAGCAGAAAACGCAAUGUUGCUUAUGGAGACUAUGGAGCGUAUGCAUCGGCUAUUUACCGAAGCGCCCGUGAACGGCAAGAAGGAAAAACCAACGCAGACCACCCUUAAAUUCACAGAGAAACCGAAACCUAUUUACCAUGAUCGCACACAAAAACAACUACCAAAAAGCCCAAAAUCAAAAACAAGGAAGAGCGCCACUAUGACCAGGGAAGAACCAAGUACGUCGAUAAGGAGCAUACAAAAUAAAAAAGAAAGUAAGGAACCAAAGUCAAAACCUACAAAAACACCUAAAACGCCAGAGACGAGUGAAGAACCAUGUGAGCAAACAUUAAACACCUUCCACAACACCGGGUCCGUUAUUCAAGACCUUACGGCGGAAAGUACGGCAGUGGCAAUGAGACCGCACUUCUACAACAUCACAAGUUCCGCCACAGUCAUAAACGGCGUGGCUCCAACAGUUUCUUCAACAACUUUCUCCGUAUGUGUGGAUGAUAACCUCAAAGAAGUGGUGAGUGAGUCUUCCAUCGAAAUCGCCAGCAUGGUCGAGGCAGUCGAUGAAGAAAUAGAGUUGGAAGCUUUAGUGGCCGAUGCGGAGGAUUUAGAAGAGGAGGCUGAGGAGGAAGUUGAUGAAGAGCAAGAGCCCAUGGGUGGCGUUAAAGCCAGCGCUGUGCCAAUGCCGUUGACCGAGGAGGUCAGUUCUUCAUCCAGCAGCGCGGUGCACAUGCUCGAGUAUGGUGGUGGCGGUGGCGGUAGCGCAGGCCGCACCAAGAAGAGCGACAGUGGCAGUGACUUUUGGGAGUAAAACCAACCUAGUAAAAUUGAAGGUAGUCUCUUCAGCGCGUGCUAAGGUAAAUCAAACGCAAAUGUUUUCAGGUCAGCAGCCAAUAGAACAAAGUCUGAAUCCAAUCACUUUAGUUGGCCUAAACCAAAAUUUCGAUUUAUGUUUUUUUUUUUUUUUUACAAAUUUUCAAAACAAAUUAUUUGUAAUAAUUUUUACAUAACAGAUUUUACAUAAAUUAAAUUGUAUUCAAGAAAAAAAUGUUGAAGAAUACUGAAAUACUUGGAUGAUAAAAUUCGAGGCGGGAAGAGAAGGCAUUGGUAUUUGGUGCUUCGGGGCCGCCAUCGACAAGAGUUCGGCCAAUUUUUUUGAAGUACCUGGGAAUUCGGCCAGCACUGCCAAUCUGGUGCAAUACUCCUCGUUUAGAGUAGUGAUUGUGGAUAUUGCAGGGGAGGGGGUGCGCGGUGUGGGCGGAGUAUGUAACAACCAUUGGGUAAUCGGCAAUCAUCAAUUUCCGCUUCACGCUGCUGCC